AUGAAUAAAUAUUAAGGUUGUAGGAAAUGUGUGAACCGGUACAAAACGGCUUCAAACUUGCUCGACCCGUCCGUAAUGUCAUGGUUGAGGGUGUGGGCAGUAGGCAUUUCUGUCGGCCUCAGUAAGACGUUAUCUAGUCGAAGGUUACUUUCUGUUUUCAGUACUCUGGUUAAAAUAAAAAGUUUUUCCGGAUUUACUAUGGCGUUAAGAGGGGUUCAAGUACUGGAGAUACCUGGAUUAGCUCCUGGCCCAGUGUGUGGAAUGAUCUUAUCAAAUUUUGGGGCAAAAGUAAUUCGUGUUGACAAGUUACCCAGUGAUGCAACUGUGGGGUUCGACAGUGUAGACCAUGGAAAAUUUUCAAUGUCUGUGGAUAUGAAAAAUCCUAGGGGUAUUGAAAUAAUCAAACACCUCACAAAAACUUGCGAUAUAUUUCUAGACCCCUAUAGACCAGGUGUUAUGGAAAACUUGGGAUUAGGACCUGCAGAUUUACAGAAAAACAAUCAACGUCUGAUUUACGCAAGGCUGUCUGGUUUUGGACAAACAGGACCACUUGCACAAAAAGCGGGUCAUGAUAUCAACUUUUUAUCUAUCUCAGGAACUCUUUCGAAUCUCCAAUGGGAAGGCAAACCUCCAAAUCCUCCAUUAAACAUUUUAGGGGAUUUCGGAGGUGGUGCGUUUACUUGUGCUUUGGGAAUAAUACUAGCACUUUAUGAAAGGCAUACUUCAGGAAAAGGGCAAAUUGUUGAUUGUAGUAUGACAAGGGGUGCUGCUUACUUGUCAAGUUGGAUCUUUCGAACUCAAAAUACAUACUUGUGGUCAGAGCCUACAGGGAAGAAUUUUUUGGAUGGAGGAUGUUAUUUUUAUAAUAUCUACAAAACUAAAGAUGGGAAGUGGAUGGCUGUCGGAUCACUUGAAGAAAAGUUUUACUUACAAUUAUUAGAAGGUUUAAAUAUUUCUGUAGAUGAUUUACCUUAUUUAUCAGACAAUGAGAUAGGCAAAGAAAUGUUGACCAAACGUUUUUUAGAAGAAACCCAGGAUUAUUGGAUUAAAGUUUUUUCAAAUCUUGAUGCUUGCGUUACUCCAGUCCUGACACAAGAGGAAGCCGCUUCUUACGAACAUAACAAAUCACAAAAUUCCUUCCAGAGAUCAGCAGAUGGCUGCCUGAUCCCGCACCCUGAGCCAAAUCUAAGUCGGACUCCUGGCAAUUCAGGAUGUUAUUUACACCCACCAAAAUGUGGAGAGCAUACAUAUACUAUAUUAAAAGAAAGUGGAUUCAAUAAAGAUGAAAUAAAACAAUUGCAGAGUGAGAAAAUUAUUUAUAUCGAAGAGAAAGGUCAAGCCAAAUUGUGAUUUAUUUAUCUACUAUCUAUCUAUCUACUACUAACUAGUUAUAAUUAUUUAUAAAUUAUAUGCUUAUAAUGUAAACAGUAAAAUAUUUAUAAUCUAUAUAAAUUGGGAGUUGGGAACUGUUUAAUAUUUUUUUUAUAAAAAGUACAAAUAUAAAAAGGGCAAAACUAUUAUUCUUAAAAAGUCAUUAUUUAUCUAGCGAAAUUAAAGUCAAUUUAAAUGCUUGGGAUAUUGGUGUCUGCCAAUUUAAUAUUGCGAAGGUCAACUAAUUGUAAAUUAUUACACAGUACAUAAUUCUAAUUAUUUAUUAUGUUGGCCUAUAAUAAUUUAAUUAAUGUGAUAAAUUACUAGAAAAAUAAUUUCAAUUCAGAAAAAUGUAAAACCUAAUAUUUUUGUGUGUUGUUCAUGAACUGAAAAUGAAAUCUAUGAUUUCAUAUUGUCUUUCAUUUGUAAUACAUCAAUAAAUUAAAAAUAGAUGUU